AUCUUUGGCUAAUUUCACUGAGGAAGAGGAGGAGGAAGAGGAGGACGAAGAGGAAGAAGGAGAGGAAGGGGAAGAGGAAGAGGAGGAAAGAAUAGUACGGCAGCAGGAGGAGGACUGGGUUUUAUUUUUUUAUUUUUUAAACACCGCCCCCCUCUGCCUCUGUGGUGCGUUUGUUUGUGUGUCGGCGAGUCCCGGCGGUGUAACCGGAGAGGGGCCUGACGGAGGGAAUGCAGGACGGCAAUGGAGCACAAUGUAAUCCAGUGGUUGGGUGCUCCGUCCUGCCAGCGAGGCAGCUACGCCUUCUACAAGUCGGUGAGCAGCAGGGCUCAGCCCGACGGGCCGGUCCAGGUAUGGAGGCUCGGGGAGUUCUACCUGAUCCGCUGUGGCCCUCAGGAUCCUAUGUGCAUCGCUGAGGUGACCUUACUGUGGGAGGACCAGACCCGGUCCCAGCUGGCCAGCACCAGACUCUACUUCCUACCUGAAGACACACCGAAGGGCCGGACCGGGGAGCACGGAGAGGAUGAGGUGUUGGCCGUGUCCAGGAAGAUGGUGCUGCGGGUGGAGGACCUGGUGAAAUGGGCGUGUCCUGAGCCGACCGGUCUGAGCAGCAGCUCCCAGCUGACUCCGCCCAGUGGAACCAACGGCCUCCACAAACCUCCACCGAGCAGCGAGGGCGACGUCGACACUUCACUGGACACGAGCAUCGAGCCGCUCACAGGGAAACCUCAGAACGUCCUGUCGGAGCGUCAGAGCAUCAAAGUGCUCAGCUUCCCACAGUACUGCCGCUUCCGCUCGCUGCAGAGGCGUAUCCAGGAUGGAGCGAGGGGGCCGGGGGUGCAGGACCCCCACCUGCUGGCCCUGGGCAGCGUGAGGGCGCUGCCCGGCGUCCGGCUGAUGUUCUGCAGGGACACGUUCAGCCACCCGACCCUGGAGGGCAGCGACAGCUUCUCCUGGCAGUUCAGAUGUCCGUCUCUCAGUCUGCGAGGUCGACCUCGUAAGAGGAGAGGUCGCGACGACAGCGACUCGCCGAACUCCAGCCAAUCAGAGUCCUGGCUUGAGAGGAUGAAGGAGAACGUGAUGGGCAGCGUGGAGGUCGGCUGCGAGGGCGACUGGCUCCCUCACCCCGAGGAGCAGCUGUUCCUGGAUCAGCUCCACGCCUUCAUGGAGCGUCAAGGCUCGCCCAUCCACAAGGUCCCCAACCUCGGCUUCAAGAAGAUCGACCUCUUCCUCAUGUACUCUGUGGUCAAACGGCUCGGAGGCUACAAAAAGGUGACGAUGGACCGACUCUGGAAAAUCGUCUAUAACGAGUUGGGAGGAUGCGCCGGCAGCACCAGCGCCGCCACGUGCACCAGAAGACACUACGAGAGGUUGAUGCUUCCGUAUGAAGAGCAUCUCAGAGUAGGAGGAACUGAGUUUAAAAUCCCAGAAUCCCCCACUCCUCCGAAACCCCGAGGCAUCAGAGGAAGGAAACCACUUCAGAGAGGAAGGAAACCAGGACCCAAAGCAAAGGAGAAGAUCACAACCUCCACUUCUCCUCUUCCGCCAACUGUUCCUCUUCCUCGUCUUCCUCCUCUUACUCAUACUAACCUGAGCCCGACUGGCUCGGUGCUGGUGAAGAGAGGCCGAGGCCGGCCGAAGGGAACACGCAACAAGGCCACGCUGAUGGCUCAGGCCAAGCUGCUGGCGCUGCAGCAACCCAAACCCAAAGCUGCCGCAGAGACGCUGCUGCUUCAGGCCAAAGGCAGAGAGGGGCCGACCCUCAGCAGCACACACAGGACGUCCAUCCUCCCCAUCAACAUGCCCCUGACCCCCGACCUCUCCCCCCUGUCGGCCCCCUUCCUCCACAUCCAGCCCAACCCGAAGGAGCUGAACCCGGACAGAGGAGAGUCCGCGGCUCCCCCCCCCACCGUCCUCCUCGCCACUCUUCCUCGCCACUUCGUGGGAGGAUCGCUGGGAGGCUUCAGCCCCAUCAAGGGGAUGUGUCCUCUGGACAUCUUCAGGAACCACAUCAGCCUUCAGAGGGCCCCGGAGAGCCCGGCGCUGACGCCUCAGGACCCGGCCCAGCACCACACCACCAUCUUCACCCUGCAGCCCAAAAGUGGAAGCCCGGACACGCCCCAUCCCAGUGGGGACCAGCUUCAGCCGCACCCUGGCCACCAGCACCACAACCGCUGCUCGGGGUGUACCGUGGACGACGGAGCCCAGAGGGGGGGCAGCCGGGAGGCCAGGAGCCGGCCCCAGCUGCCCCCUCUCCGGGUCCUGCCUCUCAACCUGGACUGCAGCGUUCAGGUGUGUCAGCUGAUGAGGACUCGCCGUCUGGACUCGUCACAGCUGCAGACCUUCACCCGCCGACUCUCCGAGGCCCUGUCCCAGGACCUGAGCGCCAAGCCCCCCUGCUCUCCCAUCACCCCUCCCCCCGAGCAGGCGCUGCCCCUCAACCUCAGCAAGCGUUUCCCGGUCAAGAGACCCAGUACUGAGGGGCCGGACCAGUUCAGAGCGGGAAGCAAUGGGGACACGGACCAAACGUUGUCCAAGAGGCCCAGAGCGAGCUGCAUGGAGCCGGCUGAGGACGCCACGCUGGGGGGGGGUUCCAGCUCUGCAGGAGGAGAAGAGACUGAUGAGGAGGCAAAGAACCAGGAGGAGCCUGCAGACCUGAGCUCGCCGAGCAGGAUCAGGGCCUUCCUGCUCAGGCUGCCUCCCUUCCAGGUGAAACUGGAGGAGGAUCUGAACGGGACAAUGUUCGGGAAGUUCCUUCCUCCGGGAUCCAACAGCGACGCCCAGCGGACUGAGACGGAGAAACUGGAGGGAGGAGUGGUGGUCAAGAAAGAAGUGAAGAAGGAGGCGGAGCUGGUGGUCGACCUGGAGCGACACGGAAAAAACAACAAACAGACGUCUGAGCAGGAGGAGACAGGCCACGCCCACUGCUCCGGCCCCGUGGAGCUGAUGAGGGCGGGGCCUUCAAACGCUGACACACACUGUUUCUAGCAUCGCAGGCUCUGUGGAAAGAUCAAACAGGAAACUCGCCCACCGGUCGGGAUCCACUGGUUCUUGGAUCCGGGCUGAUCUCUUGAAGCUGACGUUGACUCGUGAGGACGCUUCACGAGAGCGUCUGGACUCCACUUCCUCGUUUCCUGGUUCCUCUCCGGUUUUUCUCUGUGGUUUCUUUGAUUGAACUUUGCAGAGGAAAUUCAUGACAAUCACAAAUCAGCUUCUCCUCCUCCGUUCGUUCCGUCUCGACAUGGAGAAAAGAGAGAGAGAGAGAGAGAGAGAGAGAGAGAGACUCUCUAACAAACACUGCCAUAACACGACUCUCCAUGACACUAACUCCACUGUUCCAUGUUAGGGUGAAAUAUUGAAUAAGAUCCAUGAUACUUAAAAUUAAAGUCAAUAUUGCAUAUAUGCGUGAUGCUAUGCAUCAAUACGUCAUAAUGAGCAUCUAGAGUGUACUGUAGUUCGCUAGUUUCAUUUUUAAAUUGUACUCUACUUCUGUAGGGAGAUAGUUAUUUUCUGAUAAAGUGUUUGGAACGAGGAGCUCGUCGUCUUCACGUUAUAACUCGUUCAGUGAAGCGUUUAUAUUCCUGCUCCUCGUUCAAACGAUAUAAACCUUUCUUACACACACGUGCCUUAAAACGACCAGCGGCCGCUUCGCCCGCCGGCGUCACUCAUCCUCUCAAAGUGAUACCUUGAUGUGUUCGCCUGUCAGCUGCUCCUCGUCUGGAAACACCAGCCUGUUUCUAACCAAUCACAUGAGACGCUCGUCAGUAAAAACCUCCAAUCAAAUCUCAAACUCUCCAAUCAGAACAUUCUGUGAUGUCCUGAUCUCAGUAUCUGAGCUCGAACAUGUCGGGGUUCGAUACCCGGCCCUGUCAGCAUCGUGUGGACCACAGCGUUAUCGGCUCUUGUGGAGAUCGCACAUGAACACGUAGCCCAACGUUCAGACUACCUCAGGUACUUCAAGAGGAAGAUGGUUCCACCACUGUCUGUUAGGGGGCGGAGCCUGAGCUGUAAACACAGUCAGACAUGGCGUGAAAUUAGAGGGGGGGGGGGGGGGGAUCCUGAUAAUUGAUGGAAACAACAAACUGUAAAUACAGAUGACAACACGUCUCCACUUCCUCCUGACAGCCACCAGGGGGUGCACAGUCAGAUCUGAACAUGUUAUUUGUUGACGAUAGAAACAAAAUGGAGAAAACGUGUGAAUCUGGACUCGUAGCGUUCGGUCACGUCGUUUGUAUUAUUACGAUCUUUUUGAUUUCUGACAGUUGGACAGUUCCUCUCGGGUGAAGGGAAACUACGCUGCUACGCCACGUAUGCUACUUCUUUAGACCGUACCAGGCUAACGGUUUCCCCCUGUUUCCACUCUUUGUGCUAAGCUAAUGCCGCUGAGAUCCGAUUGUUCUGUAUGAUGACGUUCAGAUUCAGAUUGUUUUUCGUCGGGUGAAACUGAAGAAUCAAACCUGCAGCUUCUCUCCACUUUAACUCACGCGUUCCUCACGUCAUCAGCUGACCCUCCUUCCUCGUCCAGUGCCAACUCGCCGACCCGCUGAGGAACUCAAACAUCAAGGUAUCUCUUUACUCGCAGCCUUUCCCUUCGACCCGCCGCAGCCGCCGGUUCAGAUUUGCACACCUACUGUACCCGUUCGCUUCAUUUGGUAUUUUACAUAUUUAUAUCUGCCAUGUUUUUUUUAUGUUUUGUUUAUUUCCAUCUUGCCAAUGUUUCAUUUGACCAGAGCAGUGGCAUCGACAACGACACCGAAAGCAACUGGUGCUGUUUCUUCUUAGUUCUGUCGCCAUAUUGUUGUUUAUGUUUUUGUUUUGUUGACGAAGCUGCGAAGAGUUUUCACGACAGCGAGUCAAUAAAUCUACUCAAACCUCUGAGCAGAUACAUUUUUUGUUUAGAGUUCAAACAAAUCAUUUUAAAGAAUUUAAUGACAUUGACGUCGCAACUUGUUAUGAAAGAAUUUGCCGUUUCGAGUUUUGUUCGUCUGAACGAUUAGAGACGAAGAUUAAAACGUCACCGAUUCACCAAAGUACCAAAACAACCAGGAAAACAAACACAACGUCUCCGAAGUCCGUUAACGUCACAAUAAUAAUAAUUCCGUUAAUUUAAGACAAGUCACUUUCCGUGGUUAGGUUUUUUUUUCUCUGCAAAUAAAGAUGGACGACGCGUCUCCUCCUCUGUGCAGCCUCAGCUGUCAAUCAAUCACCUCAGCUUGUUCUUAAAUCAUCAAUCAAACCAAACUGAUCAGAAACAACAUCUUUGACAAACGUUUAUUUAAUUUGGUCCACGUCUCACAUGCUAACAUGUAGGAGGUUUAUGAUCUAUACUGCAGCCGGCCACCAGGGGGCGAUCCAGAUCCUUUGGCUCCUGUCGAGCUGUCACGUCGUCCAUCUUCAUGAGUGACAAACUCUUAAAAUCUUAAACACGUUGACGUUCGAUCAAAAUCUUUGUUUCCUCUUCCUGCGUCGGGUGAAGUCGUCUCGUUACAAACCUGCGUGAUUAGAGUUCUGAACGUUCACACCUGAGGCGUCGCCAUCUUAACGAGUGGGAGGCGGCUCGACGCCCCUAAACGAGCGCCAUCUUGUUUUCACUCAGCUCCGACGUCAAGUGUUGAACGUUCUUCAACUUCACAGGAAGUGUGUGAUUCUGUCGCUUGAGCUCUUUUCUCUCUUCAACGUUCCGACCAAUGAGAAUUUAAAGAGCUAGUGUCACAGAUCCCCCCCCCCCCCCCCCAGCCUUCAUACAGCUGUAAACCUGUAGGAACCUUUUCAUUGGUUCGCUCUGAAGCUUCAGUCAAACCUCAGCUCCUGAUUCUCCUCAACCAUAAACCUGUUUCAUUUUUAUUUCCAUGCAUGUGUCUUUAUGUUAGCGACGUUGUGUCUUUAUGCUAAUGACGUUGUGUCUUUAUUUUAACGAUGUCAUGUCUCUUAACGACGUUCGGUCGUUGUCGGGUGAAAGCGCAGCGGCGUCAUGUAACAUGGGCGGGGGGGUAGAGUAGAGAUGUUGAACCAGGACCACAAGAGAUGAGACUUUUCUUUCUCCUCUUGUUUCUGGUUAUUUAAGCUUUAGUUUUUUCAAGUUUUCUUUUAGUUUAAAAUGUUUGUGUUCAAAUUUAAACGUUUACAUUUGUUAUGCAUGUUGGACACAUUGUUCUCUCCAGUGUUUUGCACACGACUUCAGUCCUGAACACCGCCGCUCGUCCGUGUGAGGACUUUGAAUCAAGUGCCUGAUCUUUACACGUAACAGUUACAUUGGCUGGUUCGCCCUUCGUGCCACCUCGACUUGAACAGCGCCCCCUGCUGUUGCACCUGUGUUGAACUGAUAGCGUCACGGCAGAUCUCAGCAGGACGGAGCUAACUGGACCUAAAGGACUCGAGGACCUAGCGAGCGAGUUGGUGUGAUGUCAGUGUUCGACAUCCGAAAAGAGAAAUGAUCAAAUAAGGAAGAGGCCACAUGUGACAUUUUAACAGCUGUGAACGGUGGAAGUUACAUUUUACAUGUUGAGCUUCUGUUUGUGUUGACAAGUGAAUCUGGGUCAUUUUAGUUCAGAGAUAUAAAAAUAACUUUCUGUACAAACGAUUGGAAUAAUUCUGAUGUUUGUGAUUCUGUUGAUCAGUCGAGAACAGUCCGAGUAGAACGAUUAGUUUCAUUGAAUCUAAGGAAGUUUAUUCUUUAAGCUUCUGAGCAGCCAUCCAAAGAUUCUCAGUUAAAAUAUAGAUAAAUUUACUUUAGUCCUACAUUGGAAUUUUGUAAAUUUAACCCUUGAGUGCGUUGUUAAAUUUAACAAAUUGAAAAUACUGUGGAAAUGUAAUCUGAAUAAUUCAGGAUCGUUUUCAGGAUUUAAAUUGGAUUUAUUCACAUUUUUUGUAUAAAAGAAUUUAGAUUUUCUUUUCUCUUCUGAUCAAUAACGAAUCAUUUCCGCUCUAAGACGUAACUGUUCUUCGGAGGCAUCAGAGGUGGCUUGUGGGAAAUGUCGUCUCUGUUAGCAGAGCGCGUCUCAGUGACGUUCAGAUAGCAAAAUGUUUCACGUGGCUCUUUUCCAAACUGUUGGAUGUGAACAAUCGAUGAAUGUCUCCGUCACAUCUUCCUUUGAUCUGCUUUGAUCUCAGCGUCAUUGCCUCAUGUGUUCGUCUUUUUUCUCCAUGAAACAAAAACUCAGAUCAACGUUCGGACGCAGUCGGAGCGAAGGAGACGAACUCUUCUGUGACUCACGGUUUAACUCGGUGUUGAGCGACGUUCUGUUCGUGCGUCUGUGUGAUUUGAUUGGUUCACGUCUGCAGCACAAACUCAAGUUCCACUGUUUGUAAAAGAGAUGAACGGCUGCAGUGUCAGGUACCAUUCCAUUUUAACACUGUAUAUUUAUAAUAAAAGUUAUCUGGUUAUAAAUAA